AUAUUGGGAGGAGUACAGAAGGAGUGAAGACUCUGCAAUCCCUCAUUCAUGUCAUCUCAGCUUGCUGCAACUUCACAACUUCCCAGUCCGGGUCGGGAGCCGAGGCCAAGACAAACACAAGAAGCUUUUCAUUCUCUUUGCUGCGGAGGAAGAAAACAUGGAGCCUGAGAUGAGGAGCCUGAUGUCUGACAACAGCCGAUACGUCGAGUCCUUCCGCCUCUUCCUACAAAAUUCCACAGAGCACCAGUGCAUGCAGGACUUCAUGGACACCAAACUGGCCGCCAUUGUGUCCAGCAUAGGCGAUGGGAAGUCGGUCAUCAAUGUCCUCGGAGUAGGAAGUGGCUCAGGUGAAGUAGACUUACAGAUGCUCUCCAAGAUUCAUGACAGAUAUCCUGGGGUCUCCAUUAAUAACACUAUUGUUGAGCCCAACCCUGAACAGUUGUUGCACUACAAAGAGCGUGUGGCCAAGACCCCCGGCCUGGACCAUAUAUCCUUCCGCUGGAACAAAAAGACUUCUACAGAGUUUGAGAUGCAAGUGAAAGAGGAGAAACAUGAUACAAAGUAUGAUUUCAUUCAUAUGAUUCAGAUGCUGUACUAUGUCGAGGAUAUUCCUGCCGCUUUAAAAUUCUUCAUCAGCUUGCUUUCAGCAGAAGGGAAACUUCUCAUAAUCCUUGUAUCUGGGACCAGCGGGUGGUCUUCGCUGUGGAAGAAAUACAGAUCACGCUUGCCUCUGGAUGAUAGGUGCCUGUACAUCACAGAAAUGUUGAGUUCAAUGGGCGCCAAGUACCAGAGUUACGACCUCCAAACUGAUAUGGACAUCUCAGAGUGUUUUGUGGAAGGGAACCGGAAUGGAGAGCUGCUUCUGGACUUCUUAACAGAAAUUUGUGAAUUUAAGAAAAAUGCACCAGCUGACCUUAGAGAGGCGGUCAUAGAGGACCUGAAGAGUUCUGGGUGCAGCUCUAUACGGGACGGCAAAGUCAUUGUUAAUAACAACGUUAGUGUGAUUGUGGUUGAGAACAAAGAGGCAUCACCCCAACCAUGAUGUCUUUCUCUAUUUCAAUUAAGAGACACUCCAUGUUAAAAAAAAAAUGUAAUAAAAAUAAUAAUAUUGAGAUCAAUAGGA